UCUUGAAGAAGGUAACUUGAAGAACUGGUGAACCUAUAUUCGACCGCAGAAAAUUUUCAGUACCAUGGCAUCAAACUUUCUUUCUGCAAAUAUGCACCUUUUGAAAGAUGUGAAACCGUUCAAGGAAAGAAUGAAAGACCAACACCCACCAAUCAUUCAGCAGAGUAAUUAUUUAAAAAAGUUCAUGCUAAAAAUCCUUCAUGAUAACUUGCACGAAGCCUAUAUUCACUACGGCGACAAAGAACCUAGCCCAGCCCCUCCAACAACAAAAAUGGCGUCGAACCAAACCCCCGUAAUUGAAUAUGACGUCGUUAUUGUUGGAGCUGGUAUGUCUGGUCUUUCUGCAGCGUAUGAGUUGAAGAGGGUAGGGCUAAAAGUGAAAAUCCUGGAGCAGACUGAGCGUUAUGGUGGAAGAGUUUUCACUUAUGGAAAAGAUGCAGGCCUUGCACCUGGUCUAUUUGGCGAAGGCGGAGCGAUGAGAUUGCCUGAUGGUGUUGGCUCGUCUGCCACUAAAACCCAUUUCAUGACCGAUGGGUAUAUAAAUAAAUUUAAAUUAAAGACGAAAGCGUUUCCAAAUUACGAUGAAAAAGGCCUUUCCUAUAUUUACGGGCUGAAGGAGCAAUCAAACCUUUGGGAACGCAACCAUUUUGCCACUGUUUGGCCAGAUUGGAGAAAAGGGAUUAGUGGCAUCCACAUCAACGAUAUCGAUGAUUAUUACAAAAAAACAACGGGUGUUGUCACAAAUCAAUUGAUUGCCUGGUUGAAAAAUACGACCACCAUAGACCAGGAAAUCAAAGUGUGGGAGCGUUGGAUCAACAUUUGGAGCCAGUUUACAUUGGAAAGCUUUCUGGAGAGCAGUAAAGAAGUUAUUUGUGCUAAAUUAACAAAUGAUGAUAAAGAUAAUUUGGAUGUCACGAUGCUUGGGAAACUUUUGCCCUGGUCCAACGAUGCAGUUCGUGGAUACUCUGUAUUUACGUAUACACAACAGCUGGACCAGUCAUUGGUCGAGUAUCUUCGCGAUCAGCUGGGAAACUGGUGGUCAGCUGAUAUGCAUACCCUAGUGGGUGGCAUGCACAGUUUACCAGAAGCUUUCUUCAAGUGCAAAGAACACCCGUUAACCACUAACGAUAUCGAAAUUAAGAAACAAGUUUACAAGAUUCGUUAUUAUUCGUCACCUUCUCAGCCAAACGGCGAUUAUGUCAAAGUUUACUGCUAUGCAAAUCCACCGGCAGCAGAAACUCAUUACACAGCACGGGCUGUUAUCCUUACCACUCAAGUCAACAUAUUGCGGCAAAUUACUUUCGAGCCAAUUCAACCAACCCAGCAAGACAGGGAGGCCCUCAGAAAGAAUCAUCAAGCCAUUGAAGACAUGUUCACAGCACCUUCCACAAAGAUUAUCCUGCAAACCAAGACCAGAUUCUGGGAAGAGGAGAAGUACGGCAUCAAAGGUGGCUUUUCAAAGACCAACCUACCCAUCGGUCAAAUACAUUACGUGAAGCCGGAUCCUGACUAUCUCGCGUCCACCAAGCAAGGAAUAAUUCUGAUUUACACCUGGAAAAAUGAAGCACUGCUUUUUGGUUCCCUGACCAAAGAGCAGGCAAAGAAGGAGGCAAUUGAGCAAGUUGGAGAAAUUCACCCUGAGAUCAAAGAAGAAGGAGCAGUUGAAAAAUGUAUUGUCCAUGCUUGGUACAACCAACCCUCUUAUCAAGGUGCCUAUGGACUCUUGAAGACCACUCAAUUCAACAAUGUCAGAUAUUUGUGGGAACCAAUGGGUAAUGUGCAUUUUGCUGGCGAUAACAUAUCAUUUACGGCUGGCUGGAUUCAAGGAGCUGUGGAAAGUGGCUUUAAAUCCGCUUAUCAAGUUUACGCACGUCACAUGAAGAGAGUUAAACUGGGAGGGAGAUGUUAAUUACACGGAUUUACUAAAAAUAAACGAUAUUAUAGAAAAACUGCAUAGCAAAUAUCAUAAUAAUGGUUGGUAAUUAUCUGGGUUAAAUAAAUAGUGAUUUCUUGAUCAAACUAUGUUCUAUAAGAAAACGGUAAAACGGUAA